UAUCAUAAUCUUCGUUCAUGGCCGUCAAAAAAUCUCCACUCUUUAGAAAAUUUAUCAUAGUUUUCUUAUGUGAGCGUUCGCAGUUUAGUUGCGUAAGUGUCUGUGCGUUCUGCUGAUUAGUUUGUUUUGAAUUGUAUUGAAGACCAAGCCAAUGUUUAGCGGAACCGUGCGGUUGAAAAUAUGCGAGGCUUGCGGGUUGAGACCUACAGAUUUUCAAAAACGACACAACAUGAUGACGUUUGGAAAGCCAGAAGACCAACCCAUAGACCCUUAUGUAUCAAUAGAUGUAGAUGAAAACCAUUUAGAUAGAUCCUCUACCAAACCAAAGACGUUUGACCCAGUUUGGAAUGAAAAUUUUUCUCACGAAGUUCAGAAUGCUGAAAGCUUGCAGCUGACAGUAUUCCAUGAUGCCGCCAUCCCACCAGACGACUUCGUAGCCAACUGCAGCAUUACUUUCGAAGAGUUGCUCCAGAGGGACUCAAAUGAUUUUUGGGUGGAUCUCGAGCCGCAGGGUAAACUGCAUGUUCGCAUUGAACUAAAAUGGGCUACCCAAGAUGCACACAACCAGAAGCCGCGGGAGUUCAAGGAGCGGCAGGGCUUCAACAGACGUCGCGGUGCCAUGAGGCGGCGCGUGCAUCAGGUCAAUGGUCACAAGUUCAUGGCCACUUUCCUACGCCAGCCCACCUUCUGCUCACACUGUCGAGAAUUUAUAUGGGGUCUUGGAAAGCAAGGAUAUCAAUGUCAAGUUUGCACUUGUGUUGUUCACAAGAGGUGCCAUCUGUCCGUGGUCACAAAAUGUCCUGGGAUGAAAGAUGAUAGUCAGACGAGCCAAGCCCAGAGGUUCAAUGUGAAUGUGCCACAUCGCUUUGUCGUCCACAACUACAAGAGGUUCACCUUUUGUGACCACUGUGGCUCCCUGCUGUAUGGCCUUAUUCGGCAGGGUCUGCAGUGUGAAGUAUGCAGUAUGAAUGUUCAUAAAAGGUGCCAAAAGAAUGUCGCCAACAAUUGUGGUAUCAAUACCAAACAGAUGGCGGAGAUCCUUUCAACUAUGGGUAUAUCACCCAGCAGACCUAAGCUAACCACACAGUCGGGGAGUUCACCUAGUGGCAGUAGUAUGAACCCUGUGGACAGAGAUAAGCUAGGCGGCAGUUCACCAGUGCCACCAGACGAUGAGAUGGGCAAAAAGUCUGACGAUGACAAGAAAAGUGAUUAUGACAGAAGAGUAGAAGGUGCUCGCAGAAUGAGUGUGGACGAUUUUCACUUCAUCAAAGUUUUAGGAAAAGGAAGUUUUGGCAAAGUAAUGUUAGCUGAAAGGAAAGGAAGCGAUGAAGUGUAUGCAGUGAAAGUGUUGAAGAAAGAUGUAAUUAUACAAGAUGAUGAUGUAGAUUGCACAAUGACUGAAAAAAGAAUUUUGGCUUUAGCGGCCAAACAUCCAUUUUUGACAGCCCUCCAUUCCUGCUUUCAAACAAAUGAUAGGUUGUUCUUUGUCAUGGAAUAUGUAAAUGGAGGAGAUCUAAUGUUCCAAAUACAAAGAGCUCGCAAGUUUGAUGAACCGAGAGCAAGGUUCUAUGCUGCUGAAGUAACUCUAGCCCUCCAGUUUCUCCAUAAGCAUGGAGUAGUGUACAGAGAUCUGAAGUUGGACAACAUUCUGCUAGACAAUGAAGGCCAUUGCAAGUUGGCUGACUUUGGCAUGUGUAAGGAGAACAUCUUUGAUGGUGUCACCACUACCACGUUUUGUGGCACUCCAGACUACAUUGCACCUGAGAUUCUGCAAGAGCUGGACUACGGACCCAGUGUGGACUGGUGGGCUCUCGGAGUGCUAAUGUACGAGAUGAUGGCAGGACAACCUCCUUUUGAAGCUGACAACGAAGACGAUCUCUUUGAGUCAAUACUCCAUGAUGAUGUUCUCUAUCCUGUCUGGUUGUCCAAAGAUGCUGUUUCCAUUCUGAAAGGGUUUAUGACAAAGAACCCUGUAAAACGGCUUGGAUGUGUGGGCUCUAGCAACCCAGAAGCCGCCAUCAGAGCUCACGCUUUCUUCAAAGAUAUAGAUUGGGAUGCUCUUGAAGCCCGUAAAGUCAAACCUCCAUUCAAACCUAAAAUCAAAAGCAAAAAGGACGCACUAAAUUUUGAUGCGGAAUUCACAAAGGAAGAGCCUGUCCUCACCCCUGUGAACGCAGAUGUUGUUCGUUCAAUCAACCAAGAAGAAUUCCGAGGCUUCUCAUUUGUCAACCCCGACUUCAACCCAGGUCGCUUCCAUCACUCUGGUUCAGGGGACAAAAACAACUAAGUCACGUAAAGUCCUAAUCUAAAAAACUUACUAAGGUAACAUUAGAAAAGGCAGAUUUCAAAGAACAAAUUAGGUUUAUCUGUACACAUAAAAUUGAGAAUCUGUACAAAAGCCGACAUUUCUUCUAGUACUUGUUAUACAAUGUUAUGGUCAUAUUACGGAAGCUGUUGUUUUUUCAUAUUAUAAUCAAAAGAAGAGAGGUUAAAUCAAUGAGCAUGUCUACGCAUAGUGCUUAUUUUCUGCAAAUAUUGUCGAAUAAACUAAAAAUAUGCUUCGCAUAAAAUUGUUAGUUUAGGUAUCGAGCGAACAAAUUGUAUACAUAGUUUUAAUGUAAUGGAUGGAUUAAACUAAGAAGUGAAGAUGAUAUGUAUCGUAUACAGAUAGCUUCUAGUCAGUCAUCUCUGUAGGAAUUAUGACGAGUGCACUUAGGGUGCACUAUCGAACGCACAUGUUAGUUUCAAUCAUUAUCGUAGUGUGCAAGAGGCCUACGUGUACAAACUCGGCACGCAUAACCUCUGUGACUGUGUUUAUUUUGGUUAGGUUUGAAACACUCUUAUAAAUAGUGUAUAGUGUUAUACAAGUUUUUAUUUCUAAGGACAGUGCGUGUGUGGUGCUAUGUUUUGAGAGUCCGUUAUCUAGUCAUAUUGAACCUAGUUAUUUUCUACUACAACUUGGCCUACUCGAAGUAGCUUUAAGUUGGAUGGUUGAUCGGAUACGAUUGUCUGUCCUGUUAUAAGUUGGCCUAGGUGUAGAAAGCAUCACAGCUCCACUUUAAAUCGAUAAUCUCGAGUGUAACCUAAUUGUAAUGUUGUUCAUCAUUGUUGUACGUUAGAGAUGAUAAACGACUCUAAAUGUUUUCCAUUUUACUGCAUAUUUGUUGUGCAUUCUGAAUAGCUUACAGAAGUAUCGGUUUUAGUAUUUAGCCCUUUUUUGAUUGUUUUAAAAUCGCAUUAGGAUUCGCCUUCAUAUCUAAUAUUACAAACCAAUAAAUCUCACUCGUUAGCUGUGAUGGUUUUUGUUUAUGUGUUUAUGAUAUGGAUUUUUACUCUGUAGGUAGUAUCCCUCGCUUAUAUACGGUACUAGGUGUGUCUGUGUCGUAUUCUAACUAAUUGUUCAUAGACUAUACGGGCUGAGUAUAAAACCAGCUGUGCAAUUCAUCAUCUUCUGUACAGAAUUUACUAUUUUAAUUUGUAUACUUUUAAUCGAGGGAAUUCUCCAAUUGCAUUUAGAUAAUUAUAAGUUGAUAAUUUACUUUUAUGUUUCGUUUGUCGUGUAUUUAUUUAUUUAUUUUGUUUUACUAGAGAUGUGUGCAACAAACAUUAUCAUUUUGAUAACAAUUGAUUGUAUCUAAACAUCACUUUGAAUCAUCACUUCUUUAACUUUUUAACAACAGCUGUUCUGAAACCAUUAACUGUUGAAAGCUUUUAUUAGAUAAUUGUAAAGAAUUUGUUGUGUAUUUUCUUAGAUCUGUUGAAAUAUUUCUACUCUAUAGAAGUACAAAUACAUAUGGUAUUUCUCUGCAAGAAGUGUUGUGUAGUGCAUGUUCCAGGUAGCAUUGGAAUUUAUAUGAGAAACCCAAUUUAAAUGUACUCAGUUAUAUUUCAAACGAGUAAAAUAUUGGUCAGGAUUUGGUUUUUAUUCCAUUUAUUAAAAUAUAAAUAUAUUUUGAUCCAUUUCUGUAGAUGGAAAAAAUACGAGUUCCUUUUUCUGGUUUACCACCACAACAUUAUUACUAAUUUAUACAGUUAAAGUUUUAGGGAUUUGUCACCUUGGAUUGUUGUACUCUGUAAUUUCCAAUGUUAACUAGUGAUUUGGCUAGUACAAAUGUAGCAGAUAUCAUUGAGUGCUUAUCUCUCAUUUUUAAUAAGUUCAAAAUCAGUAGUCAUUUAUUUACCUUUUCAUAUGUGAAUCCUUACAGAGUCCUCUUGUAUCACAGUUACACCACAGUAGUCAAAUAAACACAUUUUAACAUGUUUUUGUGAUAUCUCUAUCUUUUCAGUUAUUUGUAAAAAAGUGACAUUUUGUGACGAGAUUUUUAUAAUUUAUCAUUUUUCUUUGCAAGAAGCAGAACUAGUAAUUUCCAUACAAGGCAGCAUAGCAUCCAGAGUUUUUGUGGUGUCUUGUGAGUAGAUAUCGAGAGUGUCCUCAAACAUGGGGUGAGGUUUUAAUCACUCAAGCACAAUUGUUACAUUUCUUCUUAUUGUCUUUGAUUCAAAAUAAACUUAACAACCAUAAUAAUUAUUAGUUAAUUACUUUGACGUAAAUUACGAGUACAAACUAUAAAUGACUAUUUUCACAAACAAAUUUCUAAACCAUAACUUUAAGGAAGGUGUUAGUUUGAUAAAUAUAUACUUCCGUUUUACAAACAAAUAUGUAUAAGCACACGCACACACAAACACAUACAUUAUAUUAGUUUAUUUUAUUUUCUCUAUGUUUGUCAUGUAAAAGGUGAUGAAGUGACCUUAUGUGUCAGUGAAUAAGAUUUUUUAGUUAAUUUCAAGUUUUACUACAGUUCCAUAACUAUAUCAAUAUGAGAGAUAUGUGCUCACUUAUUUUUCUAUAAUAUUUAUUACUAUACUGUGAUUUUUUGUUAAUCUAGGUGUGGUUGGUUGUUAUCUUUUCAUUCAAUGAAAAGAAAUUUAUUUGGAUUUAGUUAAUAAGAACACAUUAUAUAACCGCUGAGAGCAUUAUUUGAUUGUUGGAAGAUAAAAAAGUUUAUUUAUGAAUUUGUGGUUUGGCAAAACAUCUGGUCCUCCCAUAUUUCCCAUAGUACAUGGCUUUGUUUAUUCAUGAUCUGUAUAGUUAUUUAAGUAAAAUUCAAUUUAUGAUGACACGGUCGUCCCUAGUCUUUCAGUGUUCUGUAGUUUGUUUGUUUUGUAAGAGCAGUAAUGAGUUACUUGUUGUAUAUUGCAUGAUCACCUACAUGUACUACUUUGUCAAGCACACAUUAUUAAACUCGUAUCACUUGGAAUACCCAGAAGUUUCUAUUGACAUCACAUUUAAAGAAUAAUAUGAUUAUUGUGAGAUCCAGCUACAAUAAUGUCAACAACUUUUUAAUAAAACCAAUUUUUUUUUGUGAAAAAGCCUCAAUUUAUCUAAACCAACAUAUUUUUAUGAGAUUGGAAAAUUAGCCAAUUAAUGUGAUAAGUAAAAGAUGUAUAUUUUAUGUUAUAUUAUAAAAAAAAGUAUAUCUGUUCAGUUCCGUUGCAUGAUGAUGGCAGUAAUGUAAACUAUUGCAAUAUUAGUGUAUUGGACUGACUUUACCAGUUUUUAUCAGUGAAAUUGACUUGUCCGUUUUGCUGUUUCCGCUAAACUUAAACAGCAUUACUUUGUCCAUUCUAUUAUUAGAUCGAGUAUAAAAACAUGAACCAUAACAGUUCAAGCCAUAGGCGUAACUAGGAUGGCCCUAGGGGGGGGGGGGGGUUACACCGUAUGGUCUGGUAGCCAUCCCCCUUUAUUAAAAAAAAAAUUAGACCUGUAAACUGUUUUGGGCUAAGUAGAGACAUAUAAAAGAGAUUUUUUAAUUGUAGAGAAAAAAUUUUAAUCGUAAACAAAUCACAUUUUAAGUUCAAGAAGGGUGUUUCAAACCCCUAAAACCCUUCCUGGAUACGCCACUGGUUCAAGCCAAUUUGGUUUUUAAGUUGGCCACUAAAGUUUUAUUGUUUCAAAAAAUCAAUGAGGUAUAUACGCAGUUAGAAUUUCGAGACUAGCCAAACCUAGCCUUGAAGCUUGUGUGGUUGACCAUUUAGUCAGAAAAUUUAGCCAAGGCGAUUGUAAGACUGUAAACAGUCCUGUACUACUCGAGAGAUUUUAUACCCUAAGCCUACAUGUGAAUAACAUUUUAUGAUUUAAAGUUAUGAUUGGUGCUAAACCUACUGAACUCUUAACCUUGUGAAGUAAGAUUUAGGAUUACUCUUAACCAUUUGGGUAGGCCUACUCAUCAAAUACCAGUUAUCUGAAUUAAGUGUUCACUUUCCAGAGAAUGACCUUUUUAAUAUCUAAAUUAAUUUAAUCUAGUAAAUGGAGUUGUCAUUCUUGUUAAAACAAUUACUCUUAGGUAAUAUUUGUCAUCAAUAGUUAGCCAAAGUCUUGUUAAAAUUUUGCUGAAUAGGCCUAAUAAUAUACUUUCCUUUUACAAUAUUAUUUUAAUCAUGUUUAAGAAAGAAAAAUAACCCUCCUAAAAGCAUAAGUUAGCAGAAUCUAUAAAAGUGGAAAUUAAAUGUUUUUGGAUAGAAAUUUCUGGGAUUUUUCUUUUACCUAAAUAGUACAACUUGUAUCUUCAAAUAACACAUGAUGGUCCCAAAGAGUAUUAACAUGUUGUGUAAUAAUAGUGGUCUUAUAAUAUCUAUUGAGAAACUAAUAGUUGAUAUCCUAAAUAUUAAAAAUUGCAAAGUGUUAACACCUAAGUGUAGUGUACAAGGUUUUUACAGCUGCCAACAGGAAAAAACAAAUGAGAGAAAAAAUAAAAACACAUAAAUCAUAAUUUCUGAAUUAUUUUUGAUUUAAGCUCCAUAAAACCAUGUAUUUGAUACUUAUGAGAGGUUUGUUUUUAAAAAGAAAUAUGAAUGAGGAGCUGUAAAGAUCUAAACGAACAAAGUUUUGAAGCACAAAACAACCAAAUAAAAAAAAUGUUUGUUGUGGAUUUUUUUGGGAUCUGCAGCCAAUAAAAAUCAUAGCUGCCAAUAACCGGUUUUCACUCUGAAGAAAAAAUGGUACAGAGAAUGAAGUGAAAGCAACUUGUACAACUACCCUUUUAGUUGUUAACAAAAACUACACUUCAGAAAUUGGACAUUAUCAACUAUUUACCAGCUUACAAAAAUGGAUUAAAAUCAAUUUUCUUUAAUCAGUUACAUGAAUGAGUCAUUCACUUCACUUCACAUAGAAUGAAUUUCGUCUGAUGAAGCAUUUGCCUCUAGAAUACUUUUGGGUGCAGCUUAACGGUCAGUCAACGGUUUAUUCGUAUGAAGCGGUUUAGUCAAUUUUCAAGUGAAAAAAUCUACUUAAUUUCCAACACUCAAUAUUAUUUGUCAUCUCUUUUAAGUUCUAAUAAUAUUUUCCAGUAAUAGUUAUACUAGUCUAAAGAUUAAAAAAAUAUUAACUAGCUCACCAAACAUAACCUGUAUGGUCACUAAACUUUUCUAUUUAAUUAAUUUUAAUUUAGUGAUCUAAUUGAUUUGACAGGUUGGAUUGUGUAACUAGCCCAAUGACUGCCCAUUAUCCCCAUUGCCUUUACCAUUACAAGCUGAGAGUAUGCUAGAUUUUUGCUGUGCAUACUAUAUGGUUUUUUGUACGGGAGUCUCACGGGUCAGUACCUAUCAACUAACUCAAAAACGUCUAGUGACUGCUAUAAUAUUGUUAAACAAUUCCAAUACAUUAAAAACUUGGGUUUCUAAAACAUUGAAAACUGUUAUGUUGGUUUUUUGUUGUCAUAUUGAAUUCUUGUGGACUGAAAAAACAACUUAUUGGUAGAGUAAAAUUAAAAACACAUUCUGGUGCUUAGAUUAAGGCGAGAUUAGUUAAAACAGCUGAUUGUUUAAGCCAGGAUCAAUUUGGGACAUUGUGCUUUAUGUGAAGAUAUCAUGCCUGGUCAAUUAAUUAGGUAUGUUCCCGAUUAAAUGUCACAAUAGAAAUUAUAAAAUGUGUAUUAGUAUUUUUUAAGUAAGUAAAAUGUUGUAUCAUAUAAUUUUAAGUGAUAGUAAUAGUGUUUUGAUUCGAAUGCAACAGAUAUUUUUAAAUCACUCGUGUUUAUUAAAACAAUGUGAUUUUCUUGCAAUUGAAUGAUUAUAUCCUACCAAUAUAUCUGAAAAAUCCGUUCGGUGCACAUGAAUGUUAGUUUGUAUGUAAAGAUUUUUCCAACAAAUCAUAUUGAUAAAAUUUAGUAAUUUGCUUUAAACCGUGUACCAAACUGCCUGCUGCUAUGAUAAAUGCUUUUAUUGUAUGUGAAAUAUUAUAAGUAUUUUACACCGUUGUAACUUAUGUUUUAAACCUAUAUUGUGUUCAGUUUAUUUAAUGUGUUGAUUAAGCGGGGACAUUGUAUUUUCUUGCCAGGUGUUAAUUUUAAUAUUUACAGUUACCCUUGUUGUGCAAUAUUUAUUUGUUACCAAAGUUGUUUGUGCCAAAUAUGUUUUACCAACACUUUUAUCAAACCCAUAAACCCAAUGUCCUCUGCUUAGUACUAAACUAAUUUUAAUAUAUUUUUUUUACCGAACAUUUUAGCUGUUUAUUACACUAAUUUGUUUCUCUUAUUGUGAAAUAAAUAUAAAUUGAUUGA